AUGGAAUCUACAGGUGUCCCGGGAAGGAUUCACAUGAGCAGAUCAACCUAUGAGCGUGUUCAUGACUUGGGAUUCAAGUUUGAGGAAAGAGACGAAAUUAUGGUAAAAGGAAAAGGCAAGAUGAAAACCUAUUUACUUCACAGCAAGCACCACUUGCCAGCUUUGGAAGAAUAUGACAUUACAGUUAGUACAGACGCUAUUCCAGUGGAGAAUAAUGGAUUGGAAGCAGCAAGAUUAAAUAUUCCAAAAGUGAAAAGCAUGUCUGGUCUCUCCCAAAUAUCAAACUUGGACGACUAUAUGGUUUCAAAUAGGUCUGAAACAAGAAGUUAUGGGUCCAUGAGCCAAAGAGGAAGCGCUGAAGAUUUUAGUAAAUAUCAAUAA